AACGAUUAAAAAAAACCAUUUCAUUCAAAUUAUUUGACUUGUGUAAUGAAAGAAGUCCAAAUACCGCUAAUUUACAGUCAAAUUAUUAAUAAAAAAUACAAUGAUGAGUGUAAAUAAGUCUGAAGAAGAGAGCCCUGUGCCUGUUAGCCUAGAUGUAGCUGAAAGUCCUCGGAAAAAGAUGCGUUUGGACAGUUCGGGCCGAAAAAGUUGGAGUUUAAUGGACCGGAAGACGGAUCAUGAGGUACUGCAAGAGAUGGGAGUUAGUUUACUAGAACCAGAUGACAAUGAUAUCUCAUGUGACCUGGAAGUUUCUGGGAUGGCCCACAAACAACUUAAACGCAAGAGAGACAUAGAGAACGUCAACCCUAACAUUACUAUAGUAACGUCUCCAAGAUCCAAGUUCAGUCCUAAGAGUCCGAGGAAGGCGCAUCCUGAUGCCGGACCUUCCAGGGUUAAGAGUCCUAGGAGUUCCGAGAAACAAACACCACUCCAGCCCACAGACCAACAGAGCUUAGACACUACCCUACUAGACCCGUAUGUGACAGACUCGGAGACUCCCCUGGCGCAGCACGAUGCCAGCCAUGGCAGCCACAGGAGCACAGGAACAGAGUCUAAAGGCGUGUGUUUCCACGCGCUUUCCGAUGAAGUUAUACUCGGAGUGUUUAGGUGGCUGCCUAAAAGGACGUUGGCUCAUUGUAUGCUGGUUUGUAAGAGAUGGAACAGAAUAGCAUGUGACGAGACACUCUGGCAGCGACUGGAGUUAGGCAACAAGACGCUCGCGAGAGACGCCGUCGGCAGAAUACUAGCUAGGAAACCUAUUAUUGUCAGACUCGCUAGUUCUGAGAUAGGAGAAUGGCAUCCCCCCACCAUCCCACCACCAUCCCGCAUACAAUACCUAGACCUCAGCAUGUCGACCAUCGACGUGACCACGCUAGACAACUUGUUACAAACCUGUCGCAACUUGAAGAAGCUCAGCUUAGAGAGCGUACUGCUGCACCAACACACCUGCACACUCAUUGGUAAAUGCAGUAAUUUAGAAACGUUAAACUUGACGAUGGCGCAAGGUAUAACCGCUGAAGGACUACAGGCUAUAUUAGAAGGAUGCACUAGCUUAUUAUCACUGAACAUAUCAUGGUGCAAUCUAUCAGAGGAAGCGUUAGAAGUUUUCGUGACAACAUGUCCGCAGCGACUGCAGAGGCUCAACAUCGGCGGCGCUAGGAUUAUGACCGAUGAGAUAAUAGACCGCCUAGUACUCCGCUGCCCCCGUCUGCUAGAGUUAGACAUAUCAGACUGCGGGCGUCUGACGUCGAGUUCUGCACUAUCCCUCGUGUCGCUACAGAGAUUAGAACAUUUAGCGCUGAGCAGAUGUUACUUAUUACCGGCCACGGCUUUAACACAACUCGGCAGUAUGCCAUCUCUACAGUACGUGGAUGUAUGGGGCAUGUUACACACGCAUGCGCUCAACGCGCUCAGAGCUGCGCUACCGCACGUGCAGAUUAAUACGUUUAAAUUCAGCGCCAUCGCUCGUCCAACAGUGGGUACCCGACGCACUUCAAUAUGGGGACUGAGAACUAGAGACUGAUAUAGAACUAUAGAAAUAUAGAAUUCUUUGUAAAAACUACCCAUAGUUUUGUCAAAAAACUAUAUGUGAAAAAACCUAGCUAUUACCCCCGAUUUUAAGUGUGAAAAUUCGCGUUAUAUAUUCGGACGGCACGUUAAACUGUAGGUCCCGGCUGUCAUUGAACAUCCUUGGCAGUCGUUACGGGUAGUCAGAAGACAGUAAGUCUGACACCAGUCUAACCAAGGGAUAUUGGGUUUCCCGGGUAACUGGGUUGAGGAGGUCAGAUAGGGCAGUCGCUCCUUGUAGCACACUGGUACUCAGCUGCAUCCGGUUAGACUGGAAGCCGACCCCAACAUAGUUGGUAAAAAGGCUCGGAGGAUGUUGAAUUAUAGAGCCUAAGAAAGUACCUAUAUGUAUACGCUACUUUUUGUCCUGGUUCGUUAAGUAGUAUUCUUAGAAACCGCGGGUAAUGGCUAGUAUUAAAUGUCUUGAAAACCUCAUUAAGCAUUUUGUAAAAAAAUCAUAAGAUUUGUGAGAACGUAUGUUAAUAAAAUAAUUUAUAUUAAGUUUAAGAUUGUUAACUUUGAAUUUUGAAAUACCUAAUACAAUAAAAAAUAUUGUAUGAUGCAUCUAUGUAUACAAAUAUUAUAAAUCUGAAGAGUUUGAACGCGCUAAUCCCAGGAACUACUGAACCGAUUUGAAAAAUUCUUUCCCUAUUGGGAAGCUACACUCUUCCCGAGUAACAUAGGCUAUAUUUUAUCCCGGUACGGGCAGUAGUUCCCACGGGACGCGGGUGAAACCGCGGGAAAUCGGAUAGUUUAUAAAAAUGUUAGUAUUACCUAACUACAGGUUUUUAGUUACUAAGUAAAGUUAUAAUAAUUGUAAAAAUUAUCAAUAGAAAUAUUAGGUGUCUUUUCAAAAUAAACUUUUUUUAAUUUAA